UCCAAAUACACGACAGGUAAACAGAAGGGAUCCCGGAACGAUUCAGAUCGAGAGUCCUUCGUUUUUCCCGAUCCCCGGGGACAUUCCCGUAAAAAUGGACUAUCUCAGCUUGGACACUAUCAAUCUGACUUCGGGCUCAUCUUCAACAAGUGAUAAGUCGACUUCGGACAUCGACCAGAGUCAAGAAGAUGUACUUUUCGACGCAGCCGGCGUAUGGACGACAGCUACGCAGAAGGCAGUUGUCACCUCAUUGCAACUUCCCGUUCACCAGCUGCCCCGUCGGUCAUCUCCUCUACCGUCAAUAAACGGGGACGAGAUCCAAGACCCGAAUCUUUCGAAAAUCUGUCCGUCGAUACCAACCACAGGUCAUUGGAACGUCUGGAACACCAGCAUUCUUCAGUGCUUCUACUUCUAUUGUUGUUUAUAUCAUGAUUACGCCCGCAAGAUGAGGACAGACCACGAGACUUCGAAGACCUGCUCAAAAAGCACACUGAGCUAACAAUACUCGACACAAUUAAAGAGUAGCGCAAAGAUGAUGUUGAAUAGUGCUUCAUCACUCGAGCGUCUAGUCUCGGGAAUCUUUUUUACGAUUGAAGAUGAGGAAAUCGAUCCGCUGUCGCUCCUUACUCCACGGAAUAGAAAAGCUCUCCCCUGAACCUCAUCAGGUCCCCGGAAUUCGAAUAGCAAGCUGGAAGUAUAUUAGCUGAUAGAAACUUCAAUAAAACUAGUUGAAGCUCUCAUG